CAGUCAUCUAUAAAAACAAGCGGAGAGCGAGCUUCAUCGUUGCGCGGCAGAUUUGCACAUUUUUGUUUAAUAAAAUUCAAUGACUUUAUCAAAAUUAUUUCAGAAUUGUUUUGAUUACGGCAAGUGAGUGAUCACAAUUUUUUGUGUGCUGGUUGUCUGGCUAUUUAAUGUGAUUACUGCGUGUAAUACUGCGAGUUAUAGUAGAUUUAAUAAAAUUAUUUAAAAAAAGAUUUUGUUUUAAUAAAAUAAACAAAAGUGAAGUGCAGAUUUAAACUCUUCUACAUUGUAUUGUAUACAAAAAAUAAAAAUAAUACUUAGAGCUUAAAUAUUAUUAAUUUCUUUUUAAAGUGGUGUAAUAAUUUAUUGAAUUAAAUCUGAUUUAUCAGAGAAUUUCUGAAUGAUAAAAAAUAGGCCAAUUUCUAUACAAAACAACUUCGUUUAAUUCAAAUUAUAAAAAAUGGAAAAUAUAACAAAGACUCCGGUUCCAAAUGGUGGCUGGGGAUGGAUUGUGGUUGCUGCGGUUGCAUUUAUUAAUAUGACAAAUCAAUCAAUUCCAUCAGUUUUUGGCCUUCUUUUCGGUGGUCAACUCUUGGUCAUGAAACAAGAGACAUCAACAGCAUCUCUAAUAACAAAUCUACACAGCCUGACAUUGAAUCUAUCAGGAUUACUUAUUGGUCCUGCCAUAAAGAAUUAUUCACCUCGGAUUGUGGCAACAAUUGGAUGUCUAUUCACAACAUCGGGGCUAGUUUUUUCGGCAUUUUCCACACAAGUCUGGCAAUUUAUUGUUGGAUAUAGUUUAUUUUGUGGACUUGGUCAAGGUUUAAUAGCGCCAUCAACAUUUAUGGCAAUUAACUCAUAUUUCACUACCAAACGUGGUCGAGCUGUGGGAGUAUCAUUAGCUGGAUCUGGUUUGGGUCAAAUGAUGAUACCACACAUUGUGAGAAUCUUUCUUGACAAAUAUGGCUUCCAAAGUGCUGUACUGGCUUUAGCUGCAUUCACAUUCAAUGGGCUGAUUGGAGCAGCAAUGUUUAGGCCACUUAGUAAACCACCACAAAAUAAGUUUAACAACCGCAAGGAUGUUAAAUUGCUUCUAGACAAAAAUGAGAAAAGCCUCAAUCAAGUAAAAAUUGUAAAGACUAAUGAGCCACUUGUAGAAAACUCUAAACAAGAUUCUAAAACUAAAAAACUAUGCGAUAAAAUAAUCAAUCGCCUUGUUGAAGCAAUGGAUUUGGAGCUCCUUAGAGAUCCAGUUUUUUGGAGCAUCAUUAUUGGCAUGGGAUUAGUUUAUACCUCAACUACAAACUUCACCAUGCUCUUCCCCUAUUUCCUUCAAAAUUCAAUUGGUCUCAAUCGCUCAGACACGGCAAUGUGUAUGUCUGUGGUUGCUGGAGCUGAUAUUUGCUGUCGUCUUCUUCUGCCAUUUAUCACUGACAAACUGAAGAUUCCAUAUAGGAAUAUCUUUCUAUUUGGAACAAUUGGUUUGCUUAUAAGUCGUGCUGCUUUAGCAGAAUCAACUUCAUUAACAUCUAUCAUCAUUAUGUCUGCAUUCACUGGAAUGACAAAAUCAUCAACUGUUGUGAAUAACAACUUGACAGUAUCCAGUCAUUGUCGACCAGAGAAAUUAGCUGGGGGAUUGGGUCUUAGUAUGAUUACCAAAGGAAUGCUGGUGAUAACAGUUGGUCAAUUAUUUGGUUUUGUUCGAGAUUAUACAGGAAGUUAUGUGACAUGUUUACAUUCACAAAAUUUAGUUCUAGCUGUUGUUAUAGUAUUAUGGACACCAGAAAUUUUAUAUAAAACUUGGAAGAAUCAUAGAAAGUCUAGUAACAAUGAUGCAGAGGAUGGAGAACAAGAUAGAUUUAAAGAACAAAAUGUUUGUUAAAAAUAAGAAUAAUUU